AUGAAGCCAGAGGGUACUGUUUGGACGAGACGUGGCAAAUCAGUACCAAUGCCUGCACAGUAUCGAUUCAGUCAAGCCAAGCCUACCUUUCAUCAAUGUCUCCAAUUGCUUGCAGUCAUGGUCAGGAGGGAAGAUGGACUCACAGAUCUCAUUGAAGAUGAAACUGAGAGAGCCAAUGUAGUUAGACUCUGGGAGAUGAUAUACAAGUUGGUUAUCUUGCUACUCGAUCACACCAUUGUCAUCAAGUCCUAUCAAUGGAGAGUGUUGUGUGAGAGGUUUGGCAGAUUGCUAAUCAAUAUUUACAACAUUGAACCUACCUCUUAUCUUCACAUCUUCAUACAUCAUUCUGGCGAAUAUAUGGAGCUGUACGGCUGCUUAAUGAUGUUGUGUAACAUCGCAUCUGAAGCCAAGCAUGGUUCCAACAACACAGCCAUUAAGGCAUCCAACAAACAGAGACGACCUGGACAGAUAUGCAAGCAACAGGUGACCAGGGAUAUGAUCAUGACCAAGCUCAUUGAGAUCUAUCGAAAGGAUGGAGUAGCACUUGCCAGCUAUGUGAGCCACUCGAGGAAGUUCUAUGAGGACAACUACAACAAACACAUCAAGGGCCAUAUCAACAACUACAUGGCCGACGUUGCCUUCCGAUCUACAUUUGGCCUGGAGCCUGACGACUUGUCUCAUCCACCACGCCCAACUGUCUUCAAGUUGAAUCAGAUGGUAACGGCAAUGACCAACGAAGAAGGCGACGAUUAUAAGAGCUGGUGGCCUGGUGAGGUUGUUGGCUAUGACCCUGAGAAUGUGACCUAUGACAUUCGAUUCUGUGUCAAAGGUCAAAGGAGGACAUAUCUAUUUCAGACAGGAAAUGACUAUGUUAUUGAUAAAGGCAUUUCCGAGGCCAACAUCAUAGAGCACAUCAUUCAAGAGUGUCAAUCAAUCAAUAGUAGCCAAGUAAGAGAUGGUCUUGUCUGUCUAUUCCACGUACCUAAAGUCAAACACUACUAUCGAUCGACGCUACACUUGAAUACUGUCGGUGGGAAGCAAAGACUGACGGCCAAGGUGAUGGAUGGCAAGUAUGCCAACAAGAGCUAUCCUGUGAACGAUCUAAAGGGCAUCUUCGCACCUUGGGAUUGUGAAGUCACAAAGUUGCCAACUGGCCGCUCUGCCCGUGACUUGAUAGACUCUGAUGUUCCUCCAUUCACCUAUGAUGACCUACCAGAGAUCAAGGCCAAAGUGAAGGCAUCCAUUCAAAAGCGACAUGGUAUCUCCAACAACCUUGUUCAGGAUUGUAUCCAGGAGCGUUUGGCCAUCCUUGCUGUGAGGAAUGACUUGUUUCAUACACCUAUGACAAGCAAUCUUGAUGUUGUUGAUAUUGCAAACAGGAUCCGAUCAAUGAUGACAAAGCUACCACCGACUACACACUUUGAGAACUCUAUUGCUCCACUACCAACAAUGUCAAACACAAGCAACCACAAUAGUAACAACGACGAUGAAUGUCUACUAUUAGAGGAAAUGGAGAUUGACACAUCAGACAGCGAGCAUGGUGUCAACAACACCAGAAACACCAGCAGCAGCAGCAGCAGCAGCAGUACUACUACAACAACGACAACCACUACAACGACCACGACCAGCACCUCAACUACCAGCUCCAACAACAAUGCAUAUCUAUAUGUGAUCAUGACCACUGGAAGUCAUCACUCUGUACUGAUUGGCCACCAACAAGCAAGGUGUCUGAUUCACUUGGACUCUUUGAACAUGCAUAAGUCCAUUGCACAAUCCAUCACCAACAAGUACAACGAGUCGGUUACAGAUGAUGAUGAUAGGUUCGUGCUGUACUCCAACACUGGAACAAUCCAACAAGAUGUAUGGAGUUGUGGUCUUUGGUCAAUCUUCUUUGUUGGAUAUGUUAUCAAGAGGUGGAAAUGCUUCCGAGGAAGGCAGUGUACACAACAAGUUCGUGGCAUUAUCAAGAAACUGGAGUCAAAGAAGCCUGAGCAGGUCAUUGAUUCUGUGCUCGACAGUUACUUGGCAUCGUUCCUUGACAACCAUCACACUUCUGGAGGCAUCUAUGACAUUGCAAACGUGGACGAGACCACUCCAAUAAUGACAUCAAAGAAGAGAAAGGCGAUGGGAUGCACUGCUAUAUCAGAUACAUCGACAAAGAAGAGUCGUACGACAACCACGACAACAACAACUACUACACAAACAAAGAAACCAACAAGGUUGUCACUACUUCUCAACAACACCAGCAACAACAAUAACAAGCAGCGAGUAGCGACGGACAAGGGCAAGAUGACAGCCACCCAGAGUAAGGCGACACAAACAACAACAACAACUACUACAACAAAGAAAAGUGCUAAUAAACAUUGA